AUGGUGCAGGCAGACCCUUUAAGUGUGUCAAUUUCCAGUGCUAGUGCCUAUGCCACCGGUGUUUUUUUCACCCUUCUGGCUUCCCCAUCACUCACAUCUUUGAAAUCAAGUCCCAGUAGAACCAGGCCAAUCAUUGAGACAGAUAUCAGCCACAUCCAUAAUCAGCGUAGUGUUUCUGCCACCAGUUCAACUGGUUCCCAUCCCUCAAUAACUGUUGCUGUGGUAGAGACCAAGGAAAGUGAUGACUCAGGAAUUGGACAACAUUCAUACGUGAAAGUAGCUACCCUAUCAGGGUGUAGUGUUGCUUUGAUGUUCAUCAUUGUGGUGGCUAUUGUUUAUAUUUUUAAGAAAAGAGGACCAACUACUAAUUGUUUUCCAUGUAAUAACAAUGUAGAAACUAGGCCAAACUUAACUUCAGGUUCUGGGGACAGUGAAUCAUGUUCUGUGCUCUUAUCUCCGGAAGACGACACUGCCUUGUAUGUAAACCAAAAGCUCCAGGAUGCUCAACAGGAUUCCACAUGUCAAGAAAAUGACAGUCAACCUUUGCAGCAUAUUGGCCAGACCCUUUCUGAUGAUGGUACCAUUCCACUAUCUCUAGAUGAUUGCAGCCUUGGAGAAGGUAUAAUAACUACUAGUAUGUUGAUCAUAUAAACAAUUUUUUUCAGUUGUUAAAAUAAAAUACACCGUGAAUGGCUGCCUGUAAAAGUUUUUGUCUGUCUCAGAGGUGGUAGCGUCAACUGUUCAAGUCAGCAGGUCUUAGCUUUUGUGACAUUGAAGGCUAUUGAAUCAUUAUAAUCCUCAUAGUUCUAAGCAGGAAAAAAAGAUAUAUGCAAGAAAUUUUAAUCAAGAAGGAUGAACUUUAUUUAGGGAAUUAAUAAUGUAUAAUAUUCUAACAUGAUCAAAAAUAAUAAUAUUUUAAUUCUCACAGAUUGUCGACAAAUUGCAACCAGUGAGGGUGCAACAGGUGUAAAUGUUGCUGGAUCAUUACAAGAUCCUACAUCAGAGGUUUCACCAGAAAAGCCUUCAUUAUUGAGCACAGAUUUAAAACCCAUUGCAGUUCCACCAAUUACAUGUUUUACACCUAAAUGCAUUAUAAAUGUCAUACAAACACCUAGAGGUAAGUACAAUUGUUAUAAACAGUGAUACCUUUACAAUUCUUUGCACACAUCAGGUUUUUUGCUGUACACCUGCAUUUGACCACAUUUAUAUAUCAACAGUUGUAAAAAAUUUUAAAAGUUCUAACUAUUCUCUUUUUCCUACAUUCUACUGAUCGUACAUGACUAUAAAAAACUGGUUUCUGGGGGUUUAAUUUAUAUCAUCAAUAGUGCGACAAUAAAUGUAUUUAAAAGCCAUUCGUAAGCAAUAAGUAAUACUAGUAUUGUCUUUCAUUUCCAGCAGCUUGCCAGCAGUGGAAUGGUAGUGUAAGUGAAGUGGAAAAGCAGAGACUUAUCAAAUGGGCAGAUCUUUCCCAAACAGAGAAAUAUAGCAGUAAAAUGAACCAGGUACCCUUCUGUCUUCUACACAAUAUUUGCCUCACUCUGGAUAUCAUCAGAGAAGCUGAUGGCAAAGAUGUUCGAGAAUUUGCUAGUAAACUUAACAUCUCAGUCCCAGAAUUUGAGCGUCUUCAACAGGCAGCUAAGGUAGAAAGCAGGACAACAACCUCUGUCAUUUUGGCCCGGAUACCUUCUUGGACUGUUGCAGACUUUGUUUCAAUAAUGAAAGACAUGGAACGAGAGGACAUAAUUGAUUUAAUCAGUGGGUGGAAAUAAGUGGCUUGUAUUCUGUUCUUGUUCACGAAUAUAAGUUAGCUGGGACAUUUCACCUACUUGCCAACUUAAGGCUGCAAUUAUUCGACUUGUGUGUGAUGCUUAAGGCAGUGAAAAAGUAAGAGCACAUGUGACUUAUUGGGUCCAAAAUUGAAAAGACUCCUUUUUUUCACAUACACAGUUACGAAAGAAGUUUUCAAUAUUAAUCGCACCUUUAAGGUAAUUAAACACACAUGUAAUACUUGUCAUUGUAGUUGCUGCAUAUACCUAGUCAUUUUUUACUAAACAUGCAGUCUCAAGUGUCAUUUACAUUGGAAACCCUGGUAUAAUAAAGAACAUGAAGCAUCAUAAUGCCAGAGUUCCCAAAGUCAUACUUUAAUUAAUUAGUGAUCAUUAGUAGGGUAGAGAACGUCAUUUAUUAUAACUUAAGCUUGAGUAUGGAUCCCGCAAUAGUCAACUGGAUCAAGGUGUUUCUUAUCAACCGAGUGGAAAUCACCUAACGGAGGAAUUCCUCAAGGAACUAAACUCGGUGUCAUCUUGUUUUUCUGUUAUGAUGAAUUAUCUUUUAUGCAUUUGGCAUUUAAGUAUAAAAUUUGUGGAUGACACAACUGCAUUGGAAAUCUUGCCAAGGAAUGGUGCCAGCUAAUGUUGAACCACGUUGUUAGCAACAUCCAUCAGUAUUCAUCCAAAUAUAACAUAAUGAGGUUGAACCCCAAAAAGUGCAAUCGUAGGUACUAUCCACUAAAGAUAGUACUUACGAUCACAAAACUCAACAAAAUGCCACUUUAACCGGCCAGGAAGAAAAUGGAGACAUUCAGUUAAAGGUAUCUUAGCUUUGUUUUGUUAUAUUUUGACUUUUGGACUAUUUUAGUUCAUGAGAGUUGUGAUGACUCAUCCCAUUUUGUCUAUGUGAAUAUUAAUAUAUUGACACACACUAUGUGUGGGCCACCUGUGGAAAUAUGAGCAUUUAAACAUUUCAAAACAUAAACAUUUCGAGCUUGGGCUACCUGUGAGAAAACUGUAAUCAAUGCAGAAAAGAGAACUGUGCAUCAUAUAUCCAUCACUUAGUUAAGAUAAUGCACUUAGCUGUACUGAGCUUAGUAGCCUGGCAGACAGGAGGAUGCAACUUUGCAGGCAUUAUAUUUCCAAGAUCUCACAAAACAGGUACCCAAAAUAUUCAUUUUUAAGCUCCUAAGGAUAGGAGAACUGUGAGUAAAUAUAAUCUGAAAACCGCUUCCACGUGUAAGGUAGUAUACGGAGACAGAAGCUUCUGCCGCACACAAUGCUCAAGUUUUUUUAUGUUAACAUUUGCAUUUAAUGAUUACAAAUAUAUUGACUUGUAAAUAUUAUAGUAGGACUAUAGUUUUUAUUUAGUAGUUUAGAAUAAUAUUGUACUAUAUAACCCUGUAAUUCAGUUUUUUGUUACUGCAAUGAGGUCAAUAAACGGUCUUUAUUAUUAACCAUAACUAACGGUUUUCGCUUUAUUGAUGUAGGAUUUCUAAGAUUUUAUAAAGGCUGUGUAUAAAAGUGGGAAGGGGACAAGGGGACGGUGACAUCGGGACGCGUGUGUGGGGACUUGGGACUAGGGGACGCGAGACGAGGGACAUGAGGACAUCAAGUAUGGGACGCGGGGACGUGUGGGACGGGGGACCGGGGACGUCAAAAACUGGGAUGCAGGGGACGCGGAAUGUGAAUGAUUAUCGCAAAAGUCGGAGAUAAAUGCGAUGUCUCUUUCUUCGCGAAAAUGUGCUAUUUAUGGUCAACAUUAGAUUCCAUCUUCCAAAACCACAUUGGACACCUUCUGAUGUUUACACAAAAUACUUCUUUUUAUUAAUAGGAGUAAGCGCACUGACUAUCGUGAUUAGGGUUAGGGUUGAUUUCCACUGUCGCGUAAUUUUUCCAUGCCUACGUGCGUAAAAUUUGCGUUCGCAAAUAAAAUAGAGGCAAGGUAUGGAAGAUCGCACGUAAGCGUAAAAAUCUCGCUCAACUUCACGUUUAUAUUUUACCUUUAUCUUAUUUACGUGAUAAAAAUUUACUCGCGUUAACGUGCAUAGCCAAAAACGCGUCAGUGGAAAUCAACCUUUAAGUACUGUUAGCAAGCAUUUACUGUUAGGUUUCCCACUAAAAAUAUAUGUAGAACAAAAUAAAUAUAGCUACAAUAGUUGAAUCCCCCGUGGUUUAGUGGUACAGGCGAUGGAUUUCGGAGUUAGCACUUCGGGAUUCGAAGCUCGCUUACGCCACUUAAUUUUAAAUUUAUUUGGAAUCGAAUGCUGUCAUUCUACAUAAUUUUUGGCGACCGCAACCCACCUUACCCUGCUUUGGGCUCCAAUAUUCCAUCAGUAAGAAGACCAGGACAACGGUUUCACUUUCUUCUAUGCAGGGGGUCUUCGCCGAGUCCGUCGUUUCUUAAACAGGCAUGGAGGAACCCUAAGGAAGGCAGGGUGGGUUACCUUCACUAAAACAUAUUCACGAGAAAAGUGACUGAUAUCGCAUUUACCUCCGACUUUUGUGAUAAUCAUUCACAUCAAGCGUCCCCUUCGUCCCUGUUUUUGACGUCCCCGCGUCCCCGUCCCACACGUCCCUGCGUCCCAUACUUGAUGUCCUCAAGUCCCCCGUCUCGCGUCCCCAAGUCCCAAGUCCCCACACACGCGUCCCGAUGUCCCCGUCCCCUUGUCCCCGUCCCACUUUUAUACACAGCCUUUUAUAAAGGUAAGCUUAUUUGGCUUCCUAAGACUUCUCAUAACUAAUCUUUGUUUGAUGCAAUACUGACAUUUCAGUGGCGGAUCCAGACCUGCAGAUAAGGGGGAAGGGGGGCCCGGUCUCCAAAAAAAAGUGUUUUUGGCCCCUCAGGCCUCAGUUUGGUCUAAAAAUAAGGGGAGCGGAUGCAUUUGCUGUUGCACAAUGUCCUGUGAUCUUGUAGGCAAGUUAACAGGGUCGCAGUGUCUACUGGCAAAAUUAAGGAUGUAAAAUGGCAAAGUCAAAAACACGGGUGGAUCCAGGAUUUUUUUCAGGAGGGGUGCACUCAUCUCUUACUCUGCUUCAACACCAAUAAACCACAUAGUUUUUUUUUUUUGCAGAAUACCAGUUGUAUUAGAAAACCGCAGGUAAUCUCAGGGGGGGGGGGGUGCACACCUCCUGCACCCCCCCCCUAGAUCCGCCCCUGAAAAAUUACGUGGAAGUUUAAUUAUUUAUCUAUAUGAAAGUUAGCAGUCCCAUUUCUUAAACCUUAUUGAAUAUUUUUUAAAUAAGUUUUAAAUUGCAUAGAAAAAGUAAUGUUUGAAGAAACAGUUGUAGAUGAGAGAAGAUAGCAAAAAAGUUGCAAAUUCGCAAAUUUUCAAAUCUUUGUUUCUGGAUUGUAUUUUUUGUAAUUGUAUUUUUCGGGAUUGGCUGAUGCAUAAUAUCUAUCGUUAACUUCAAAGGUAACCUUCCGAGUUCAUUUCUGGGAGCAAAGUUUUGGCAUUGUUUGUUUACUCCUAAUGACUUUUUACAAAUAAUUCGAUAAUACUCUAAUAAUAAUAUGUUCAAUAAUAUCUUUUUCCCAGUUUGUGAAAUCAUCUUUGUCAUAGAUACUUCAUACCUAUGAACCAUAGAGGAGAAUGGGUAGAAAAAAUGAAUUAAAAAGUUUAUUAAUUUUGUGGUAUCGGAAGGUAUUUUUUAGAAGUCUAGAUAACGACGAGUAGCAAAGAAGGAUCGCCUUACCUUAUCUUUUAAAUUUGAUUUAUAAACUUUGAAAUUUCCAUUGGAUGAAAAAUUGAUUCCAAGAUAAGUGUAAUUGUUGACAAUUUCUAUGUUGUGUCUAUUGAUAUGGAGACAAUGUUUAUUAGGAGUCGACAUCCUAUAUUUCUUCUCGAAAAUCAGAAUUGUAGUAUUUUUUGGAUUCACCGAUAAAAGCCGGCAAUGUUCACAAUACUCUGAAAGGAUGGAGAAAGAAUAUUCCUAGUCCUUCAGCCGACUGAGAGGUCAAAACUAAAUCGACAGCGUAGAUGGGGUCCAUUUAGUACAACUGUGGGAUCUGUGUCUCCUUGGUCAAGUAGAAAGGGGAUUUCAUUAAGUAGUAAUUAAAUUAAAUAGCAUGGGAGAACGUAUACAGCCUUGCCUGACACCUUUGCAAUAAUCAAAGCAUUCAGUGUUCUUUGAUCAGAGACUUUUAUUUAGCUUUUCGUUUUAGAAUAAAGAUAUUUAAUCAAGUCAUAGAAUUUGCCCACGAUAUUGAGCUAAAAGCAAAUGGUAAUUAAACUUUAUUUUAGCUUAAAUAAUAAAUUAAAUAAUAAAGAAAAAACUUUAUUCAUGUUCCUUACCAUUUUAUGAAGAUUUAGGAUCAAAAGAUGCAAAAUUCUGCAUUUUACGAAUCAUUUUUCCCGAUCACUACCAACUUGGAUCAAGUCGAACAAGCGGCUUUUGCGAAAUACAAGUCAUUGUAUCAGGCGUGACAACAUGCACGCUGCUUCGAAAAAUUCGGAUGGCCGGCGUGUGAUGUAACGUCCCGAUUUAUUCACCAACGUGCAACAGUCGUGUAAUUAUUCCAGGAAUGUGAAAAAUAUAAAACAUCACUUGUUUAAAAUUUUUUAAAUGUCACCUGACAGUUUCCCGCGUCUGGAGCGCCAUCUGUAUGGCUCUUAUCAUAGACACGUCCUCAUUGAAAUGCAAUCUCAUUGGAGGAAUUUAUUAUAAGGGGAAUCCCCGAGGAGAAAACAGCAACGAACGGUUUUAAGUAAUUUUCGGUACCGUAAUUUUCCUUUUGCUUGCCUUUUCCUUGGCGCUUUAUCGACUCUCCAAAUUAUAAGUACUUAUCAAGAGCCGAUUGGGUUAUCUUUGUGAGGUAUAUUUUGUGUUUUUAAGACUUUCCCAUACUUGCGUAUUAUAUUGCAUCACAUAUUCACAUAGUAUUGCAUCACAUAUUCCGAACGUGAGCCAAGGUCGUUUUUGACAAGACGAUAUCGAAGAAAUUUAGGUUUAUAUCGAUCGACGCGCGCACUGCAAAUUCUAAUUGAGUAUUUUUUACUGAAAUGUCUUGGUAACCUAACUCCCUUUUAAACUGUUUGUUUUUAGUGUGGAAAGUAUGGCUUCAAUAGACUGGGCACGCAUUUGGACAACUUUGGUAAGUUACAUAAAAUUGACAACCUAACACAUUGUUAGAUCUGCUACAGUGUAGCAGAGGUAGCUUUUUGUUGCAUUUUAUCUAGAAAAUCGAUGGUAAAAAACGACAACGAUUAUAUAACAGGACAGGAAAGCAGUAAAAAAAUCGAAUGUUUAAUAGCGAUAUCGAAUGGAAUUGCAGUAUACUUUUGUGUACAUCGAUAAACUUUAUUAAUUUUUUCUUCAUCAUGUCACUCAGCUUUGUUCUCGUGGUACAUUACAACUCACACUGUUAGCGUCGAACGGAAACGACGUUCGAAAAAUUAGGUUAUCUGAAUGGUAAAUUUUGUCGAUGAAAACCAUAUGAAUCACGUUUUGAUAGAUAACUGUUUAUCACGUACACAAGUCCGCAGUAAUCCGGGUGCCUUUCAAAACAAUAAUUGUUUGCAAGGAACGCAAUCGCUAAUCGGGACGUAAGCUUAUUACCUUGCAUAUUACGUUAUUACCUGUACACAACAGAAAUUCAAAAUUGGUUCUGACGGUAUACAGGAGUUUUCAAACCUAGUUGUAGCUAAAUCACUAAGUGGUUUCGUAAGAAGUAUCUUUCACUCAACUAAGGAUUUCGAGUUUAUAAUACAGUGUUUACAACGCUCGAGAGUUUGGGUGGUAUUUGUACUUCCAUUUUUUAAAUGACAGGGAUGCUUGUUUCCUGGAUGUGAUUUUUUGAAUUCAAUUUUGCUCCCGAGUCCCUGGAGAUACCAAUUCUAGAACAAUAAAUUAACUGGCAGAGACAAUUUUCAAUAGCGACGAAGAAGCUCAAUACGUAUUCAUUCGACUAGCAAAUAGUUCCCAUAAUUUCUGGGGGUCAAUUGCUGUAAAAUACCUCUAAAAGAUACCAAAGUUCUAACUGAGGACUUGAGAGAUUUUAGCACCCUCAGUAACACCAGUCCACCUAUUUUAACCCCUAAAAUGUAUGACAAGCCCACCUGUCAUUUUUAACAGUAGUAUUCCCUUCCCCAGGGUUAAGUAUUGAGAGACUUGAAAUUGGGGUAUAAGGACAUACUGCUACUCCCUCAACCCACCCCUCCCUCCCCAGCCUUUGCUAACAUUGACUCUUCAACUGUUCUGCAAUUUAUCUGAAUGAUUUUCAAGAAAGGGCUGUCAGUUUGCUUCCAUCAAAGGUCCAUACUACUCAGUGCACUACGUACAUAAUAUAACUGUUAAAUUUCUGUUUUUUCUAAGGUCAUCCUAGUUUAUGGGUCUAGUCUUGUAAUCAGCAAAAGACAAAAGCCAAGACAUGAUGAAAUCGAGAGAGUGAUCAAUGCGACUCAUUCUUUAAUCUGGAAAUGCUCAAUUGCAGAGUGUCACCCAGGAAGUGGAUUGAGUUUUCCCUGUGGUGGGAGUAUUCCCUUCAGUGAAUCAAUUGAGUGUGUCUACUGCAUAAAGGGGGUGAAUUACUCUGAGACAAAUGAUUAUUCUCAGUGUAAAAGCUGCAGAAAGUGCAGUCCACAUGAAAAGUCAUCAGGACACUGCACCACCACAGAGGAUACGACCAAGUGUUUGAAAAUAUGUGAUAAGGGUUUUUAUUGGAAUAAAAUAACGGACUCAUGUGAUCCAUGCAGUGACUGUUGCAAACAACCAUUGGCACAGCAUGAGAGGCAGUGUGAGGACUCAGGUCUUCCAGUGUCACAUCAGUGUCAACAAACUGAUGUCAAAUGUCAGCAUCCUACAGGCACGGUCAAAACUGAUGGAAAGCUGUUUCAGCCUGAUGAUCACAAAUCAAAUCAUCUUUCUUCUUCUACUAUUACUGGCAUCGUGGUUAGCUGUGUUUCAUUAGUUGUGAUAAUAAUAAUUAUUGCUCUUGGCUUUGUGAUUCGCAAACAGUGCUACCAGCAGCAAGUCAGAACUAUUCUUAAAAGAGACUGUUGCUUCAGUCAGGGAAAAACAGAGACUGUUUAUUCCUACAACCCAAAAGAUAAUGACCCUGACUUAGAAUCAGCCCCUUGCUCACAGGAAAAUGGAAGUGGACCAGGCCAUUUAGGAGAGGAUAAUAAGAAAGGACUUUUGACAUCAGGUUAGUUUAAAAAAAAGACUUCUUAAGGCCUGUUUUAUAAAAAAAAUGUGUGGUUCCAUUUGAUACAGUUAAGUCUUCAAGACAGACUCCUUUAGGACCGGCAGUAAAGCUAGUGUCCAUCUAAGAGUGACGUCUGUCUUAUAGAGUCAGUAUUAGAUAAAGGGAGUAAAGAAAGGCGGGGACCAACUCUAGGUGUCUGCAGUUUUAUCCAGGUCUCCUUCUUAUAAUAGUGUCCGUUAAGAAGUCAGUCAACUGUAUCCCUGCAAUGCCCCUUCAAACAGUUGAGGUUGUUAAAAACUUAUGCCAAAGGGAAAUUAAACAAUGAGGUCUGAUGGAAGAAUUUGAUGGCCAAGGGGGUCAGGAAUGCAAAAAACACCAGACAGUUUCAUAGGAAGGGUUAUCAUCAAUGCCCUGAGACUACAGAAAUUCCAGGAGGGUGGUUUUUAGGACAAAAGACACAAAUAUUAUGUGGGUUUGGCAUCCUUUAAUUGGAUAAAAAAAUUUACAAUAAUAACCGGGUGUAGAGGUUAUGUGAACAGCUAUUGGGCCCAGUGACAAAUAGCUAUAACAACUUUUGAUUCUACCUCAGAAGCAUUGUACAUGUGAUGGAUGGAUCUUACUUUCCAUCUCCAAUAUUCAAACUGUUUUUGCUGUAUGGCCUCAAUGUUGUCAUCUCAGCAAUUAACCUUUGAUUUUACCAUGCAGUCAUGCACCACCAAUAAAUAUGUUUUGUGGUACAUGUUUCUAAAAUGUGGGUUUGAUCGUACCCUAAUUCCAGUUAGACACCACAUGUAGUGUCUGGUCAUUUGACAUAAUGAAAGGUCCAGUAGUCUUUAGUCAACAAAUAUCUGUCAUGUUUUUUUUUUGGCCAUUCCGUUCAUUUCUGUAUAAUUCGAUCAGCUUGCUUCAAUGCACUCAGCUGUCGGAUUUUUUUUCUUCACAAAUUCUGUGAAACUUGAAAGUUGAAGAUUGAUAGCAUUACAACUACGCAGUUAAUGACAUGACCGCAGUGGUACAAGAAAAACACAAAUUUUAGUAUUUUAACGGGACCUUUAGGGCAAUUAAUUCACCUAGCAGUCAAAUUAUAACCUGCUUAUGACAUUAUAUGAGAUGUGGUUUACCUUUGUUUACCUUUGUCCUUGCAUGGUUUCACUUUUUUUAACCUUUGGUUCAAACUCAUUAUCAUUUCUUUAAUUAUCAGUCAUACUGAGAAAGAGAAGAAAAUGAAAUUUUACCCCAAGAUAAAAUUUAUUGAAAACACAACAUGAUAAAAUAGACCAAUGUGCAGUGCAUCACCUGGGUGUUGGUACUAAAACAACACAAGAAAUCCCUAAAUGUUAACCCAGGUUAAUUCAAAAUAAAAAUGUACACAUAUAAUACAUGAUUGUAAUAAAAUCAUAAACUCUGUUAUUUUCUCUAAGUGCUAGUGCCAGCUCAUCCAGAACUGCCUGAAUCCCCCGCUGGUAGAGGCCAUGAAGCAAAAGGUAUGUACAUAAACAGUAUAACUUUAACAAAUUAAAAUUUUAAAAAUGAAAAUUUUUAAAUUUUAAAAAUGAUGUUUGUUGCAGUUGUUUAUUAUUUUAUCAUAUUUCAUAACUUAUAAGGAAGGGGAAGGAAACAUGAGUAUACUUUUAAAAAGAAUUCUACAUUUGUCUGGUGAAAAUGUGAGUUGUCGUUCUGAUACAGCAGUGGUUUCUCCAGCUGGCUGGACCCUAUGCUACAAAGAGAAAGAAGCUCUCCCUAGCUUUGUACCAUAGCGUCGUCUGGCCUGGAGAAACCACUGCUUGUAGGGUAGAAGGGAAACACCAACAAAGGUAUGUAAUUAUAUAUAGCUGAAUUUUAAGAAAUAAUAGAAGCAUCCACUGCAAGUUGAUUUCUUACAGUUAAAAUGGCGAUGUUCUGUUUGCUGUGUCUGGUACAGCUUAUUGUUCACAAAAUAAACUAAAUAACACCAAGUUUUGGGACCUACAGCAUAAGACACUCAGAGGUGGGCUUCAGUGGCAUAUCUAGGGAGGGAGCCUGACCUGCUACUUAUUUUUAGACCAAUUUAAGGCCUGCAGUGUACUCCUUCCCUAAACUCAAGGCCUUGAUCCACCAUUCAGGGCACUACUACCUGCACUAAAAUGUGUGACAUUAAUGAGAGAACUUCAUGUAUCAUGUAUAUACAGGCAAUAAAAAGCCAAGAGAGCUGUGCUUACCUUCUGUUGACAACAAAGACCAUUCACCACCCAAUGACCUAAUUACUGUUAACCCUGCAUCAGACUUCCAUGGAUUUCAGAGAAACCUCUUAAACAGAAAAAUGGAAACCAUCCCAUCGCGGCCAUUUUAUUGUAACAUCUGUACCACACUUGAUGUAGAGCGACCAUUUUGGGAUGAUUACCGAACAUUUGGAGAGAGAAUUGGCCUCAGUAGAGAUGAGAUUUCAUUACUUGGACAGAGGGGACAGCCAACUCAUUGCAUGUUACAGAGGUUUAAAUCUCAAAAGAAUAGUUCCGUUGGAAAAUUUAAGAACAUUAUGGAGAACAUGGACAGGCAUGAUAUUGUUACUAUUAUUGAUGAAUGGAUGCGCUUUGAGUGGGGGAAAGAAAAUAAUCAAGCACCCCAUUGAAAUUAAUUAUAAAAGUUCAAUUCCUUAAUAUCAUUUGAACAUUUUUGAAGCAAAUGUAUGCAUCAAACAUUAUGAAUUACUACUAUCAGCCUAAGCUAGGAAAUACUUUACAGCAAAGAGCCCAAAAGUGUGACCGCUUUUGAUUUGUUCACAUUCUUUCAUAUAGAUUUAAUCCAAUCAGAAGCCAGCUGGAAACUGUCCUCGACUUCUGAUUGGUUAAUGUCUGCAUGAAAGAAUGUGAAUUAAUUAAAUGUGAUCACACUUUUGGGCUCCCUGUGGUAAAAUGUGACAGUGGAUUUAGACAGGAGUAUGUUUUUGCAUAGGAUUGAAUCUUGAAAAUUAAUAAUAAUGUCUCAUUGCAGUAAGCUUCUUUUAAAAAAACUUAAAAAAUUGAAACGAAAACAUUUUUCAUAGACAUCAAAACUUUGUAGUCUACUAUUCAUUAAUACAAAGCAAUAAUGUUUCUCACUGUACUUGCUUUCCUAUUUUGGUAUUAUGCUGUUGCUGUGCAGUAGUUGAUGUUUUUCUUUUUCAAUUAUUAUACAGUACGAGUAUAUCUUUCAAGCAAUUGAGUCACUUCAGGACCUUUUGGUAACUUUACUUUAAGCUGUUUUUAAUGUUUGUAUAUAUUAUACAGGUAAAGGAGCUGGUUUUACUGUCAACAAUUUUAUUUUCUGUUAUUUUUCUCAUCAAUUUCUAAAAUAUUUUUCAUUGAGAGAUGUUUUUGAUACAGCAUUAAUAAUAUAAUAAUAUUGUACACUUUCAAAGACGUUUUGGUGCAGUUGUAAACAGUCUGUUUUAAUGCUUAUUGUGGACACUGAACAAAUAGUAACUUUUCAAACACAAUAAUUAAAUUAUUAAGAAUUAACAAAUUGUUUGUAUGAUAACUAUUUAAACAUAAUUUUCUUUAUAUUGCCUGUAAAGGCUGGUUUUCACUAGCGACGGAGUCGGAGUUGUAAUCAGAAGCGUAGAACUUUACUAUCUAGUGAAUUAAAACAACAUUCUUAUUUUGCUUACGACUGUCGUUUACGAUCAAGUAAAAACUAGGUUGUCGGAGUCGCAAGCAGAAGUGGAAGAACUAAACCAACCACAACGGCAUGGGAAUGUGCUUUGUGAUUGCAGGUUUAUCCUUCCACUUGUUCUGCUUUCAACUCCGACAUUCUGGUUUUCACUAGAUCGUAAGCAACAGAGUCAUAAGCUAGUGGAGACAGUAGAAAAUGGAAACACUCUAAUUCUGCCGACUCUGAUUCCAUCAUGCUUAUGACUCUGCUUGCAACUCUGAUUUAAUUUUUAUUCUCAUUGAUUUUUUAUUUUCCACUUAACGUCUCCAACUCUGACUUCGUCGUUAGUAAAAAACCAGCCUUAACAAAAGGUGCUAGUAUCAUAACUAAAUUCAGUAAUGUAACAGAUUGAUGGUGACCAACAAUUUCAUUUUCUUACAAUGGAAUAUUUUAGUAAUCUUACCUAAGAUCAGGCUCUAUUUUCAGCUCACUUGGUAAGUAAAUUCCAGUCAUUAAGGCAAUCCAUGUAAUAGAGGAAAAAAGAAAGCUGCUCAGUAAUAAAAUCAUAUUUAAAGUGGAUGUAACUGAACAGUGCCACCAGAC